AUGGAAGUCUUGACAACGAUGGGGUUGAUUGCCAACAUUGUACAGUUCGUCGACCUCGGCGGAAAGCUCAUCAGCUCUGUAAGAGAGACGCAAACCUCGGCCAAUGUUGUGACGAAGGAGAACAAGAGCCUGGAGGGGAUCGCCACCGAGAUACGCGAUCUGACUAUGCGGCUGGAUCCACCUACAACAGAAGCGAAGAGCGACGACGAACGAGGCCUCCGUCGAUUGGCUCAAGAGUGUUGCCAACUAUCAGAACAGAUACUUCGCCUUCUGAACAAGAUUGUGCCAACUAAGUCAAACUCUACGCGUCGAAUUACGAUAUCCGCGUUCAAGAAUUUCAAGCACAAGGAGGAGAAGAGGGAACUUGAACAGAAGCUGGCGAAUUGUCGUGGUCAGCUGCAUUUGCACUUCAACAGACUGACCAGAUUAGUCAAAAUCAGAACAAUAUGUUUGGGUACUCUGAUACGUGUAUAG